AUGGAAAAUCUUCUUGCGCAGCAAGCCGCGGCAACCACAGUUUUGACGGGACUGUCCUCAGCAUUCAGACUGACUUCUGCAAGAACACCCUCACCGAUAUCCCAUCAUUCCGGUACAGAAGCUUCGGUCCAUAAUUGCAGCGGGUCGACAAAGAGCUUUGUUACGUCAUAUCCGACACCACCGGUCAAUACAAGAAAAAUCCCUUGUGAACAAGGUACGCUGAAUCACCAAAGCAGAACUACUGGGUACAAUAAUGCCAUUGAGAAGAAUGAAGGUAAACUAUUCCCGACGACGAAGAUGACGCCAAAUAAUCUUCCACUUUAUCAAUCCUUGAUGAACGCUAGCAUUUUAGCUCUUUCCUCAAUGCCGCAACCAGUCAAAGAACAAGCCUUUCCCAAUUUCCCUGGUUAUGUUCAUCCCGAGGCCAAAUCGAACCCAGUCAAUCAUUUCACGCGUGACACAACAAACAGCACUGAGAUGUCCAGGACUUCUAGUCCCCUGGGAGGUAACCCGAUUUUGCCCGAACCGAGGAGUUUCAUUCCUCGGUUGGUUUAUGAUCGUCUCGAUCGAUACAUUAAAAUGAAUGUUGAGCAAACUACCAAGCUUAAUACUACUCAUAUGUGGCCACUCUUCCUACAGCAUGUGGCUAAUAAACAGUCCAAAUUGGAUGAACAAUCUCCACUGCUACGAAAUGCCAGUGUCUAUGGUGACCGGUGUCUUGUCAAUGACGAACCUCGGAUGACGAAAUCGCAUCCAGAAGAGUCGAGCACAAAAGAACAAACUUCAUCACUUCACACCUGCUUUGGCCUGCCUCCAGGUGAUCAAUACUACCGACUAUUUUUGCAUACAUUGUCUAGUCUUACCUCCAACUUUCCCUUUUCGUUCCCAAACGCCGACACUCAAUGCCCAAACAACAAAUAUGUCCCCGGACACGUUCCUUCUCCCGAUUUGUUCAAAGUGGGCUUGAAAGUCGGUCGCUCUGAUGGGGAUCCGUUGGAUCUUGGGUGUAUGGUGAACAAUCAUUCAAAACUAACCCAUUCAGUGUGUUCUUCCUCAACUUCGCCCUCAUCUCCCAUUAUUUCACCUGCAGUGAAUCAAGAACCUAUGGACCUUGGGACGAUCACUUAG